CAACGACCCUUUUGACAUUUACACACCUUAUAUUCUCUUGAACAAAACUAGAUUCAAUAACAUGUUCAAUGCUAACUUUAAUUCUUCAGUAGAAAUAGACAUACCAGAUUUUUAUGGAGGAGAAAAAUCAAUCACAGUGAUAACAUUUUUCUCAAUGGAUAACGUGCUCCCUGCAAGAGACAAAGACAAGUCAACCUUCAAAGUCAUCAAUGGGAGAGUUGUCCUCAUUCAGUCCAGUGGCACCAUCAAGAGUAUUUCCCUCACAUUUAAUAUUAUCAACGAUACUCUGGGUAACCCUCAGUGUGUUUUCUGGAACUUCAGCCUCUUCAGUGGUGUCGGAGGAUGGGACAACACGGGCUGUGAGCUGGUAUUGAGUGUAAACAAAACCGUCACUUGCAACUGCAGCCACUUGACCUCAUUCUCUAUUCUUAUGUCACCUUACAGUCCAGAUGACUCUGUGCUGAAUUACAUCACCUACACUGGAGUUGGCAUAUCUAUGGGUUCCUUGAUCAUAUACCUUAUCAUUGAAGCUGCCAUUUGGAGAAAAAUAAGAAAGAACAAGACAUCUUACUUGCGCCAUGUUUCCAUUGUUAACAUUGCCAUGUCUCUCCUGAUUGCAAACAUUUGUUUUAUUAUUGGGGUAGCCAUCUCAGAUGAAAAGGAUGAAAACCCAAAAGCAUGCACUGCAGCUCCCUUUUUUAUCCAUCUAUUCUACCUAGCCCUCUUCUUUUGGAUGUUAGCCUCAGCUCUGCUGUUGUUGUACCGCACAGUUAUGGUCUUUGAUCGGGGUUUGUCUAAAAGAUCAAUGUUGGCUAUUGGGUUCUCUCUUGGCUAUGGGGCUCCCAUCGUAAUUGCUGUUAUAACUAUAACUGUAACUGAACCCAAACAAGCAUAUAUCCGACAAUCCGAUGGCUGCUGGCUCAACUGGGACAAUUCCAAGGCUCUACUGGCAUUUGUGAUCCCUGUGCUGAUGAUAGUGCUGAUAAACCUUACCAUCCUGAUACUGGUCAUAUACAAAAUGUUGAGAAGAAGGGCAAUGCUUGACACUGCACAGGCAGCUGAGCGGCAUGUUCUAGUGGUCAUUGCUAGGACCUUGGCAGUUCUAACACCAGUUUUUUGGAUUAACUUGGGGACUAGGGGUUGGAACCAUCACAGCCCCAGACAAGAAAGAAAUCCAUAUUUCAUUUGCAUUCUUCAAUUCACUGCAGGUACAA